AUGGAAGCUUUGCAAUUCGAGUUAGCACAAAAGAACAUGCAGGUUCAGUCACUACAAUAUGACUUGUACAAAUUGAAAGAAAAAUACGACAAUGAAACAAAAUUACUGAAGAAUGAGGUGGAAUGGGGCUUAGAAAAAGUCGGAUCGCUGAAACUGGAAAUGAAGAGGUUGAAGGAACCUGAGACAGAUGAUACUAUUAGUAUAAUGCGGUAAGCUCUUCUUACAAUACAGCAUAACUUAGUCACCAGCUUUCCAAGGUACGCUCGCUUUGGUUGUCAUACUGAGCAGAAAAAAAAUGUAGGUAUGUGUAUGAUCUGAACUGAGUUGGUGGCUGACUUGAAUAAUCCUUGCAUAGCAAGCAUGGCGUUUUGCAAAGCAACAUGUUCUCUCAGUUGUAUCCUGGGGCAAGUUCCUUUAGGAAAAAACAAUUUCAAAAUCUUCGAGAAGUAACUUCCAGCAUUCUGGGACAUAUUUGAGAAAAUAUCUUAGACAGAUAUUCAUGUUAGAUUCAGUUCAAAAGUAUUUUUUUUGUCUUUGAUCGCAAUUCACGAAGUAGCCGUUGCCAAACGGUCUAACAGCCAGCGGGUUUCCGCCGCCUACUGACUUCUAUUGACAACUUUUGAAUUUUCAAUCGUCGGCCAUUUUCAAAAAUUAGUUAGUAUUACAGAGACCUUAAAUCAAUCAGGGCGCACUCAUCUCUAAGUUCACUUGAGCAAUUAUACUUGUAAGCAAUAAGCAACGUCAUCAUUUGCCUGUGUCAUCCUCACGGUCUGCUAUUCUUAAAAAGUCCAACUCACGCUGGAAAGCUCUACGUAUGAACUGUGAAGUCGUUGUGUCUCCGUGGAGAGCGUUUUAGCGCGCAAUCCGAAGGUGUGUGGAUAGAUUCUUCAUUGAGAUUCAGAACCCUUCCUUCGUCCUACGCUUGUGACAUCUUCAUUAAUUAAUAAAGAGUUAUUUACAUCAAUUUUGUUUUAUUCUUUGUUUUCUUUUUCUCAAUUCCAGGGGUCAACCUGUCGCGUCCAACGAUAAGGAGAACAGUGAAGUAGGAGUCGUGUCUAAUGUGGCUAUUUAUUCUCUCAAGGCUAAGCUUGGAAAACUCGAAACUGAAACGCAAACUUUGAAAGAAAAUGUGGAAAAACUUGAAAAGGAGAAGUCAACUUUAAGUUUACUCAAUACAGAAGCAAGGUAUUUUGUUUGUUAGUUGACUUUUCAUUUGCUUCUUUCCAUGUAUGGAACUGUUUUCGUCUUUAUUGUAGCAAGGUCACACAUAGCAAUCUCGAACUGAGUCCACGAGGCAAACAAACAGCAAUUAAAUCUUCAGAGAGAUUUCUGCUAAGUGCUGGUUAUUACACAUUCUUGAAGGUUGAAAACCAGAACUUAUUUUUGAAACUUCCCUGUCAUUUCCUUAAUUUUGCUUCAAAGAGGAAUGUUGCACAAAAAAAGGAUCUUUUAAAACGUAGCGUUCAUUUUUAAGACAGCUAAAAUUAAUUACACUUUCUUGCAGCAAUAAGGUAGCCCAGCUUUGCUCUGAAAACAACGCACUUAAAACAGCCAGGAAGAAAUUAAUGGAAGAGUUUCAAAAGAUGAAGAGAGUACAAGAGAGUUCAAAAGCAAAGGACGAUUCCGUCGGGCGACUUCCAGAGGGUGAGACCGCAUGCGUUUUAUUUACCUACUGAAAACUCAUAAAGCUCGCCUCAUUCUGUUUCCUUGCUACCACAAUUUUGGAGCAAAGUGGGGUAAUUAAAAGCGAAAUAACCGAGAAACGAAUAGAAUAGAAAAUGGAAGGAAGAGAUUGUGGCAUUUUCCGCUAAUAUAUCAACUUUGAAAUUAUAAAUGCAAUGUAAAGAUGUGUCCGGCACUUCUGGCGUUCUUCUUACCAACAGCUAGAAAAGCUGAACGCUAUCUCGGAGGAUUAAAACGAUCCUGUUCCUGAAUUAUGACUGGCUGUUGCGAUAAUCAUUAGCAGUGGUAGGGAAGGAAAUCGCAAAUUAGCGAUUUUUCCUCAUUCAAAAGCGCAGUGGUGAAAAUGAACCGCUUUUUUCGCCAGGUUUCCACUGUAAUCAAACAAAAAAUUGCAAGGGAACCGAAUAACGGGGACACGAGUAAUCCAAGUCAACCUUUCUUUCUGUUUUAUCUCCUCUUGUAGUAUCUACAGAAGCGCUUGGAAGACAGUCUAGGAAUUCAUCUGUUCUGAGUGAAUUAUCUACUUGCAGCGAAGCCCCGCCUGCUGUUGAGCGGAAGCGGGUGAAGCCAGAACCGAAGGAAAAUUUCUAA